AAGCACUUGAUUUACCUCGGUCACACCCUCAUUAGUCAUUUGAGCAAACACCGUACAACUCUGUACAUCUACAUUUAGAUACAUCUCAAAGCGAUAGGAAGGUGUUGAUAACACAUUUCUUAAUCCCGACCGAGAUAUUCGGCUAAGGAUGGAGGGGGGAGGGGGGAGUUCCCUGGACCGCGGCCGACGCAUAUCAUACAAUUCUUAAAGAACACAGCGACAUGGUAAGUUUUGUUGAGUUUGUUCUUGAAAAACAGCAGGUUAUCUUUCACCGGCUGGAAUAAUCGUCCGCACUAGUGUUAAAUGCAACAGUAAACAAAUAGUGAAAAUCGAUAAGACAAAGUCGUUAGUAUCACAAAACAGAGAAAUCAGAUUUGAGGUACCAACAACCGACUUACAGGACGUUGAGAUGGAGAUGACCGUGGUUCAGUGGAGUGGACAAAGUCGGAAGGUGAGACAGACAAAGUCAAAUUGAUGAGUCGAUUUCCAGAAGAUGACUUGGUGAUUGGCCUAUUGGGCUACAUAGGCCAAAUCACAAAUCGGAAAUGAUCUUAUGCGAAAAAGAAAGUACUUGCCUUCAUAUUGGGUCAGCCUGAAUAUGUUGUGAACUCUGCCAAAUUCGUGUUCAACCCCAAUACGACACCGAGACAUGGCCUUGUUGAAGGUAGUUUGUCGGAAAUCCAAAUGACCUUGAUGACCACGAAAUGGUGUCAUGAUGACAUCUGUGGCGGUAUAUCCCUUGUCACCAUACAGCCUCAUUUGUUGGCCAUCUAGACCCUUGGCAUGCCGGCGAAGGAUUCCUUCAACUUGCGUAUCCUUGAGCAUAGCCUGGUCAUGACGAGAUCCUACAUAAGCUUCACUAAGAUCAACGGUUCAACCACUGGAGCCAAAGAAAUACAAAGAAACAAUCAGUUGUAUUACCAAAGAACAACAGAACGAGGUAAAUCCAAAUGAUCUCACUCUGGUGUAGUCACGGCUUGGAAUUUCAAGGCGUGACAGCGUUUAUGCCCGUUGUAGAAAACCUGUUGCAUGUGUUUCGGACGUGAAAUCUUCCAAACGGUGCCUGAAACGAAAUCUGUUUCAUCAGGGCUUGCAGUAACUAACCAAAACCAAGGGGGGAAGCUUACCAUCUAUAUACCCAACACAGUUGGGCAUCGGACAAGCUUUUGCAACCACCAACGCACGAGCGUAUUCCUCCAGACGUGCCGCGUUCAAUCGGCGCGGAUUCCAUUUAAGUAGAUGGCACCAGGUUGUUUUAACCCACUCCUGAACAAACCUCACGAUUCGGCCGAUGAUACUUCGAUCCCUUCCAAAAAUACUGGCCAGAUCAAAAUGCCGGCUGGGAACCGCAAGGCGAGCCAACAGCAUUGCCAGAGCGGUGAGUCCGGUUUCAACGCAUCCGUUGUCCAGGGUGAUGGUCUGGGGGAAACCAAGGAGAUGAUGCAUUUCGAUGAUUUCUAAAGGCCAAAACCUAGUCGUCAUGUAGCACACCCCCGGUGUUCAUGUUGCAACGUCGAUGCAAGGAUGGCCAUCAUAAGAGAUACGUUGGUGGAGCAAAUCUUCUCGCACUAGCUGUGCAAUCCGUGCUCGGGUGGCAACGUUAGCCACAAGCCAUAAACAAAGGAUUUCCAUCGGACCGUUGGAGCUUGACCUCGGACGGUAUAGACCCUUUCGAGAGAGACGCUGGAGAGUCCUAAGGCAGGGAACUCGAGAAAUCAGCCUGAAGUCCAACAACGUAGGAUAUGCUGAUGAGAGUUCGAUUACUUACAUUUGGGAUACGGGUGGAGGAAUGUAUUUUCAGACUGCUAAGAAGAACAUGAAAGCCAACUGGAUUAGGAAGC